ACUGCCUCCCAUUCCUGCUGCUUCUUUCUCCCCCCGAUCCCCACGCUCCCGGGCCAACACUUGUGAGAUAACCAUCACUGUCAGCAGGAGGCGGCUCCAUUUCCCCCAACCACAGCUGGAGAGCAGUGAGAUGCUCCACUUACAGAUGCUGGCUUCCUUCUAUGUGUGAGCACGCCUGAGCUGUAGGACACCGUGGGCUCCUGCUGCAGCAUCGUGGAAAGCACUGUUCACCACAUCACAGAGCGAGAGACAACCAAUUCUUCACCUUGGAAAUAAAAAGCCUCUGACAUCACCUGCUGCUUAUCUCACUGCAGUGACACGUCGUUUCUUUCCAGGCCUAAGGAGCACAAACCUGACUCCAAUUGCAGCUUAAUUGCUAUCAAUCCUGUUAAUUGAAUUGGGCUCUCCUGUGACACUUAGCACUGGCUGAAGGAGGGGAACAGGAAAGGAAAAAAAAGUGCAAUGUGGGAAACAAGCUCAGCUGACUUAAGGAGUGUGGCUGUUGGGAAGCACAGAAGCAUAUGGCCCCCUGAGCUGGGCAGAUGUGUCUAAACCUUUAUGCAAAGGAACAAAUCUCCUCUUACCCAGGCAUUGCCACAGCAGAUUGGGGAAAUGUAGUGUCUGAAAUUUAGCAGUUAUGGGUGCCAUGAAGAUAUUCCACGGCCUCUCAUUUUAAGAUGUUGCCAGCCAAGCUUCAAUUAAGGACCUGGAUGGCCUCCGGGAGAGCCCUCCGCUGACCGUCCUCCUCCGUGCAUUUCAGAAUGAGUGCAUGAAAAUCUGGUCCCUCCUUCGCAGCGGGAAGUUCUCCUGUCACACCAACAGGCAGCCCAUCAGAGGACCUGAUGGCAGGAGGGACCUCAACAAGUGCCUGAUGUGCCAGCGGCUGCUGGAAAGAUACUCAAGAAACAAAGGGAGUGGUGAAGAAGCAAACAGGAAUGUGAACUCUGGAGAGGAUGAGUGCCGGGAGUUCCGGGAUCUGUUCAAGAAUGGGAAGCUUUCCUGCACGAGAGAGAAUGAUCCCGUCCGGGAUUCCUCGGGGAAGCAGCACAGCAAUAAGUGCAUCAUGUGUGCGGAGAAGUUCAAAAGGGAGAAUGAGCAGAAGGCGACCUCAACCAGAGGGAAACAAAAGGAUGACUGCAGUGAGUACCGCUCCCAGUUUGAGGCUGGCGGACGCCUGUCCUGCACGCGGGAGAACGACCCCGUCAGGGAUUCCUCUGGCAAGCAGCACACCAACAAGUGCCUCAUGUGUGCCGAGAAGCUCAAAAAAGAAGCUCAAAGAGGAGGUCAGUCUGGUGGAACUGCCCAGCGCAACAAGCAGUCCACUGCAGAGUGUGCAAACCAGAAGAGCUGCAGUGGCUCAGGGUUACAGCGGGGUGUAAAUGAGAGACGGCCGUUCUCCACAAACAGAGGCCCACAAGGAGACUUGGCUCAGGACUGCAGCCCGGCACCUGGCCGCCAGGGACAGAGCGGAGGCACCAACACCUACCAGCCGCUGGACUGUGAUCGAAUUCUGCACGGGGUAAAGGGUGGAAGGAUUUUCUGCAGCGAAUCCUCACAACCCGUCUGUGGCACUGAUGGGAAAACAUACAGAAAUGAAUGUGACUUGUGUUCAGCUGCCAUGAGAGCAUCAGUUUACAUCACGGUAAACUACCGAGGUGAAUGCCGAAAGACUGUCCCUGAAAUGAAAUAAUGGAGUUCAGACUGCCAGCAAAUACCAGGGAUCAGCUGUGACCAAAGGACAAGUAAAGGAAGAUCUGAUGUCAGGCACCAGGGAAGCUGCUGAGUUCCCCAGUGCUGUUGGAUCCACCUUCAUCUCCUUCUGCAGCCAACGGGCCUGUCCUUGCUCAGGUGGAGGGUGAAGGGCUGUGGGGACCCAGUGGUGGCUUCCCACGUUGGCCCCACGCAUGUUGUUGUAGUCGCUGCUCGGCUCGGGCUCCGCCGCCUCGCUGUGUCUUAGCAUGUUUCUACAAUAAAGAUAACUCCACAGCGUCCUGUCGCUUUUCUUCACUGAGCCUCACGGGAGGGACGUGUGAGUCCCCGCUCCGGCUGCUCGCCACGCGUCCCUUGAGCUCUAAAGCACCAAACCCAAGCGGAGAUGUCAGACGCAGAGAAGAAGAACGUGGUCUGGGUUCUGUUAGCAGGGACCAGCAGUUGGGUUCUCUGACUCGCUGUGUAGGGCUUUGGGUGUAUCUCUUUGUCUCCCUUCAGCCCUUUUCUCUUGCCUGUAAAAACGGACAUUAAAGGAUGCUUACCUACCUCA